AUGCGCCAGAGCACCGGUUUGACGGCUGCCUUCGCAGCUGUCUCCAGUGCUUCGUCCCUUACCGACAUCUGCAGCACGGCCAAAGUCCAGAGUGCUCUCCCUUCGAACGGCACGAUUCUGGGUAUCGACCUGGUUCCCUCUUCUGUGACGGCAGCCGCUGUUUACAAUGCGACAAUUGGAGGUGGUAUGGGUGGAUCGCCCAGCACCGAGACGUACGACUACUGCAAUGUGACCGUCGCAUACACACACACCGGAAAGGGCGACAAGGUUGUACUCAAGUACGCCUUCCCCAGCACGUCCGACUUCAAGAACCGAUUUUAUGUCGCUGGUGGAGGAGGAUUCACUCUGAACUCUGAUUCCACGGGCGGUCUGCCGUACGGAGCCUCUGCGGGUGCCACCGACGCUGGCUACGACGCCUUCAGCAACAGCUACGAUGAGAUUGUCCUAUACGGCAACGGAUCCAUCAACUGGGAUGCGACCUACAUGUUCAGCUACCAGGCUCUUGGCGAGAUGACCCUGGUCGGGAAGGCCGUCACCAAGAACCUCUAUGGUCUUGGGGAUGAUGACAAGCUCUACACCUACUACGAAGGUUGCUCCGACGGUGGCCGCGAGGGAAUGAGCCAGGUCCAGCGCUAUGGCGACCAAUACGACGGUGUCGUCGCUGGUGCGCCCGCCUUCCGUUUCGCCCAGCAGCAGGUUCUCCACGUUUAUCCUGCUACAAUUGAGGCUACCAUGGACUACUUCCCUCCCCCUUGUGAGCUCGACAAGAUUGUUAACGCCACCAUCUCCGCCUGCGAUGCCCUCGACGGCCGCAAGGAUGGAGUCAUUUCUCGCACCGAUCUCUGCAAGCUCAACUUUGACCUGAAGUCUAUCAUUGGCGAACCCUACUACUGUGCUGCCCAAAACAGCACCUCGCUCGGCUUCGGAUUCAGCAAGAGGGCCGAGGGAAGCGUUACCAGCUACAAGCCCGUGCAGAACGGUACCGUCACUGAGGAGGGUGUUGCCGUUGCCCAGGCCGUCUAUGACGGUCUUUUCAACUCCAAGGGCGAGCGCGCCUACCUUUCUUGGCAGAUUGGCUCCGGGUUGGACGACGCCAGUCCGACUUACAACUCAAAGACAGGAAAGUGGGAGCUCACCAUCCCUUCAACUGGUGGUGAGUAUGUCACCAGAUUCGUCCAGCUUCUUGACCUCGACAACCUGACCGACCUCGAUGGUGUCACCUACGACACACUGGUCGACUGGAUGACCAUUGGCUUCUACCGGUACUACGACAGCCUGCAGACGGCGUACCCUGACAUCAGAACCUUCCGCGAGUCUGGUGGCAAGCUCCUCCACUACCAUGGAGAGUCAGACCCCAGCAUCCCUUCUGCUUCAUCCAUUCACUACAGGCAGUCUGUCAAGAGUGUCCUGUACCCCAAUUCAACUGACCAGGAGGCUGAGGAGGCUCUCCAGGACUGGUACCAAUUCUACCUCAUUCCUGGUGCCGCCCACUGCGGUGUCAACUCUCUCCAGCCUGGCCCCUACCCCGAGAACAACAUGGACAUCAUUAUUGAUUGGGUCGAGAAUGGCGUCAAGCCUGAGCGCCUGAACACCACAGUCUCAUCUGGAGAAUACGCGGGCGAGACACAGCUGCUUUGCCAGUGGCCUACCCGACCUCUUUGGAAGAACAACGACACCUUUGACUGUGUUACGGACCAGGAGUCGAUUGACAGCUGGACCUACGAGUUCAAGGCUUUCCCAGUUCCUGUGUACUAG